UGCAUGUGUGCCCAGAAAUUCCUACUUGUGCAUGCGCGUCACCACAUCUCCACCAACACCUCCUCAUCAGCAUCGAUCAUGCCUCUUCUACCUUAUCUGCUGCUGAUCCUUCUCCUGCUCUCCGUUCCCUUUUUCCUUUCCCUUUUCGGCAAAAAAAAUCCACCCCUCCCCGGGCCAAAGAAGCUGCCCAUAAUUGGAAACCUCCACCAGCUCGGCGCGCACCCCCACGACUCCCUCCGCCGCCUCGCCGCCGCGCACGGCCCCGUCAUCUUCCUCCGCCUCGGCUCCGUGCCGGCCGUCGUCGUGUCCUCCGCGGAAGCGCUGCGCGAGAUCUUCACACGCGGCCACGACCUCGCCCUCUCCGGCCGGCCCGCGCUGCACGCCGCCGGCCGGCUCUCCUACGGCGGCGUGAACGUCAGCUUCGCGCCCUACGGCGAGUACUGGCGCCAGGCCAGGAGGGUUUGCGUCCUGGAGCUGCUCAGCCUGAGGCGGGUGCAGUCGUUCAUGCACGUGCGAGAACAGGAGGUUGCACUGCUGCUGCAAACAAUAAUUUCUUCCGCUUCCUUGGUUCCUGUAAAUCUGAGCGAGCUGCUGCACGCUCUGACGAACAAGAUCAUGGUGCGCGUCGCGUUCGGUGAGAAGUUCGCGACCGGAGAUUACAGCAGGAGCGGGGGACGGUUCGGCGGGGUCUUCGAGCGGACGCAGAAUAACCUUGGAGCGUUGUUCGUCGCCGACUAUUUUCCGCGGUUGGGUUGGGUUGACGCGUUGAGGGGAUUGAGAGGGAGGUUAGAGAAAAAUUUUCAGGAGUUGGAUGAGUUCUAUGAGGAGGUUAUAGAAGAGCACUUGGGUGGACACUGGCCGGACCCCGAACAUGAGGAUUUGGUUCAUGUGUUGCUGCGUCUCAACAAGGAUUCAGCUCCUGGGAGCGCUUUUAGUAGUAGGGAUCACAUCAAGGGUAUUCUAACGGAUAUGUUUAUUGCCGGAACUGACACUUCUUCAGCAACAUUAUCGUGGACAAUGACACAACUCAUGAAAAAUCCAUCAAAGAUGAAAAAGUUACAACAAGAAUUGCGAGAGAUUAUCGGUAAUAAGGGUAAGGUUGAAGAAGCUGACCUGCACCGUCUGACCUAUUUAAAGUUAGUUAUCAAAGAGGUCCUGCGACUGCACCCUCCAGCUCCGCUACUGGUUCCCCGUGAAACCAUCGAGAAAUGCACGAUCAAAGGUUACGAAGUUCCUUUGAACACGAGGGUGUUGAUCAACGCGAAAGCCAUUGGUUUGGAUCCAAACUCAUGGGAAAACCCUAAUGAGUUUCGCCCCGAGAGGUUUAUCGACAACGAUGUUGACUUUAGGGGGCAAGAUUUUAGCCUUGUGCCUUUUGGUGUUGGGAGGAGGAGUUGCCCUGGAAUAAGUUUUGCACUAGUUGUAGUUGAACUUGCUUUGGCUAAUCUCUUGUAUUGUUUUGAUUGGGAGUUCCCUUUUGGUGUGAAAAAAGAGGAUUUGGAUUUAGAGGAAGCAGUGGGGCUUACUAUUCAUAGGAAAAAUCCUCUUUAUUUAGUAGCUAAACCAAUUUAUGUUACAUAAAUUGGAUUGUAAGUGUGAAAAGAAAAUUUGCGAGAGAUAAAAAUGAAUUAUUGUAUACAUGCAUGUAUGCAUGCAUAUAUGGUUUCUUUGAUCUUUGAUUGCGGUACGAAGGAUGUAAUCUUAAUAGAAUAAAAAGAUGCA